GGGAGGUUUGCGUCGUAAUUGCUCGAGCUGAGCGGAACCGAAUGGCCCGUGUCGCGUUUUCCUGCCCACGUUCGGCUGAAGAAAAACGCACGUCGUAUGAUUAGUGAGGAAACUCUUGUCAUUACUAUUACUAUUACAAGCCUAUUUGGAGUGUGAAGCAGGGGGCUGGCCGGCGUCUCUCCUCACGGCUGUGCGAUGCCCUCCGACUUCAUCUCGCUGCUGGGCGCCGACCUCGACCUCAAUUCUCCUAAGUCGCUCUACUCGAAAGAAUCGGUGUAUGAUCUUCUACCCAAAGAGCUCCAGCUGCCGUCCUCCUCUGAGAGCAAUCCCGCUGCCAUGACCCAAAAGAGCGGCGGAGAGGCGGGGCCUCCCCCACCCGCGUCCCUUGCCUCGGAUGCCACCUCCAGUUCAUCUUCCAUGCCCAUGGGAUGUCCUCGCACUGCUUGUCCUCCAUCUUCCAGCCCCACGAUGCACUCCCCGUCCUGUGUUACCGACCAGGCCGCUGAACAUGACAACCCUGCUGCGGGUGAAGGUCCAAGUAGCAGUGGGGUUGUCAGAGCUCUUGCCAUUGAGAGUAAGUCAUCAGGGGUCGAACCGGAUGCCAUGGGAUGCAGCAGUGGUGGUGGCAACUGGUCUGGAGGAGCAGGAGGAACAGCACCACAGCCCCAACAGUUCCAGUCAACUCCCUCGAAGCGCCGGACGGUACUAAAUAUCUCGCCCCCACCGGAGGAUCUCCUGGAUGACAGCCGCAUGUCCUCCCAUGAAGACCCAACCCAAGACUCUGAGCAGAGUGCCAGCAUCUGGAUGGAUGACUCAGCCUCCAACUUCAGUAUCGUGAGCUCCGGUUCCUAUAAUGAUAACACUGAGGUACCACGCAAAUCCCGCAAGCGUACACCACGUCAGCGUCCUGGACCCAAGCCCACCUCUGCCUCCGAGGCCAGCAUGGAUGUGUUUGAUGCAGAUAGCGCCAAAGGGCCGCACUUCGUCCUCUCCCAGCUGGCCUCGGAUAUCAAGGCUUGUCCCAAGGGAAGUUCAGCGGAGGGUUUGCAGUCAAGCAGUCCAAAAGCCAGCACGCUGUCUGUGCAGUACCCUGCGAAGAGCGAGGGCAAGGAGCUGAAGAUUUUGGUACAACCAGAGACCCAGCAUCGAGCACGCUACCUGACAGAAGGCAGUCGAGGGUCUGUGAAGGACCGCACACAGCAGGGUUUCCCCACUGUAAAGGUGGAGGGGGUGAACGAGCCGGUGGUUCUUCAGGUGUUUGUUGGUAAUGACGCUGGCCGAGUGAAGCCACACGGCUUCUACCAGGCCUGCAGAGUGACUGGCCGCAACACCACGGCCUGUAAGGAGGUGGAUAUUGACAGCACCACAGUCAUUGAAGUGGGCCUGGACCCAAGCAAUAACAUGACUCUGGCGGUGGACUGUGUUGGAAUCCUCAAGUUGCGUAAUGCUGAUGUGGAAGCCCGCAUUGGGGUGGCUGGCUCCAAAAAGAAGAGCACGCGAGCCCGUCUAGUGUUUCGGGUCAACAUCCCCCGGCCCGACGGCUCUGUCCUCAUUUUACAGGCUCCGUCUUCCCCUAUCCUCUGCACUCAGCCUGCUGGAGCACCUGAGAUCCUGAAGAAGAGCCUACACAGCUGCUCUGUGAAAGGAGGUGAGGAGGUCUUUCUCAUAGGAAAGAACUUCCUCAAGGGAGCUAAAGUCAUAUUCCAGGAAAACCCAGCAGAUGAGAACUCCUGGCAGGCAGAGGCAGAGAUUGACAUGGAACUGUUUCACCAGAACCAUUUAAUUGUGAAAGUCCCUCCAUACCAGAAUCAAGCUAUCAACUCCCCAGUCUCUGUGGGAAUCUUUGUGGUGACCAAUGCUGGGCGGUCUCAUGACAUACAGCCUUUCACUUACAAUCCAGAACCUGAUCCAAGCAUUCCACUGCCUGCCACUUCAGAAUCAGGUCAAGUGGCAGAAGUGUCUGUGAAGAAAGAAGUUCAGUCUUUGACCAAUCCUUGUUCUUUCAAAGAGCAGAUGAAAGGGGUACAGAGUGCUGGUUCUAACUUGGACAGUGCAGUGAUGGCCCCAGUGAUACCACUCAUAAAGAGGGAAGAGGUCAUUCCAAUGGAAGUGUCCAGCCAUCCUGUAGCAGAAUCCAUCAGAUCUGCUCAGGAAGGAGACAUGAGGUCCAACAUCUCUAACAGUAACCACCCUUUCUCCAUUCCCAUGGCUUGUCAGCCAAGGGAAGCAGACCAACAGGCUGCUAUCUACACAAGCACAGAGCCCCUGAGUACUAUGCAGAAGCAGGAUGUUACACCCACUGAUUCCUUCUCCAUGCCUGGGGAAGCCAUCCUCCAGCAGCUCCCCCAGCAAUUCCUCCUAAAAUCUGAGGGCCUACAGCAUGAGGAAUCUUGCAGUGGCCCAGAUACAGGUGUGGUGGGGCUCCUGCAGAUAGUGGAGACUCCUGAGCAGCAGUCCCAGCUUCCUCUGUUCCCACAGGAUGGGGUGGCCCAACUGGAGAGGGCAGUGCGCCAGCUCCAGGCCGGGGGGUUCUCCUCCACUCACUCAGAUGGAAGCAACCUGGUGCAGCAGGUCCUGGAGGCAGCUGCUCAACAGCAGCUUAACCAAGUGCUCUACAACCCCACUUCCCCUCUCUCUGAGAGUAUGCAACAGGUGCAAGAGAACAUCAGUGGCCAGCAGCUGCAGUCAGCAGAAAACUCCCUUAUGAAGGAGCAGCAGCAGGAACAACAGCAGGUCCUUGAGGACCUACAAAAGCAACUUCAAUCAGAACUGUUCCAACCAGAUAUAUCCAUGCAGUGUGGCAUCUUCCAAGAUGAUUCUCAGACUAAAACACCCCAACAGCAGAGCUCUGCUCAGGCCAUGGCACCAGACCAGGGGCCAUUCUUUCACUCAGCAGAAGGUUUGCACUGCACAGCCACACAACAUCAGCAGGAGCAGACGCACCAGCAUCAGGAACAAGCAGCCCUUUUUCAGCAGGCUGAGGAGCUUCUGUCCAUCCAGACUUCUAGCUUUCUUCAGCAGCCCCCUGCCAACCCCUCUCCACCUCAGCAGCUGUUUCACAACUCAAGUCAAUUGACCAACACUCAGGGGUCACUAUUUCUGACACAGAAGGCCUCUCCCACUCAGGAGCAGGUCCAAGCAGUCAUCUUUCAGAACACCCUAACGGUUCUCACAAGCUCCACCUUGUCCUCAGACCAGCAGUCUCCCGCCCCAGGGAUUUUUCUCCCUCAGGGUGCCCUACCCAGCCAGCUGUCAGCAGACAGUAGUCAACAACCGCAACAGCAACAGAUGGCAUUUCUUGACUCUAUGGCGACAUCUGCUUCCAAUACUCAGUCAGGGUCAGUGUUUCCAUCCCAGCUGCCUCCCAUUGAGCAGAACACACCCAUGGGACAACAGUUGUCAUCCCAGCAGCCACAGCAGCAGGGCCAGAGCAUGUUCCAGAACCUGUCAGCUCACCCUCCAAGCAGCACUCUCUCCCCAAGCCAACAGCAGCAGCAGACAGGCCUCCUUUACUGUGCCAGCACCUUGAGCACCCAGGAGCAGUCUCCCAGCAUGAUCUUUGAAAGCAGUGGUCCUUCCCAGGAAAGUCAGAGCCCUGCUCUUCUCUUUUAUCCAAAUAGUGUGGUAUCUGUGAGCCAGCAGGAGACUACAGAGCCCAUGUCUUACCAGGACCAAAGCUCCAUAGUGGAGAACCAGCCUGUCAGUGAGCCCCAACAGCAGAGCCUGUUUGAAGGCCAACAGCCCAUGCAAGUGGUCCCAAGUUCUGGCAGCUCUGCUGAGGCCCCUGUCACCAUCUUCAUGCCCCAGUCUGCCAUAUCGGUCCUGCAAGGAAGCUUGAGCUCACAAGACCUUACCCAGGCAACAAUCUUCUCCACACAGAAUGAGACGGUUGCUUUGCAGACCUCCACCUCCUCUGCUGUGCAGCAGCAGGCAUCGCCCUUCCAGACAACUGUAAACAUGACCACAAGUCAGAGCAGCCAAGACCAGCAGCCUGGCAUUUUUCUCUUUGCCAUUCAGAAUGAAUGUGGUCAGCUGAUCAGCUCCUCUGCAUCUGCACUUUCCAGCCAUCAUGAGAAUGAUGCCCCAAUGCAGUCUUUGCUCAACCAGCCCGCAUCAAUUUCAGGGGACAUGCAGGACAGUGUGUCUACUUCUCAGAAUAUAGAGAAGAUUGAUGAUCUGCUUGAAAGUCUUCAGGAGCAGGGGAACAACAUUUCUCGUUCCUUCUAGGGUUCCUGCAGGUGCAAAGUCCUGUGAAAGCUGUUUGUCUUCAUGAAGAACAGGUAUAACUGGCAUUUUUUUAACUUCUGUUUUGCUGCUCCUGUUGAGCCAUUCAAGGCUAAACAGGAGUAACAAUAUGGAAUGUUCAUAUUUUUGAACAUCAUGGAUGCUGAUGGUAGUGGAAUCAAUGUGAUUAUAGUUUGAUAUAUAAACGGGGAAAAUAGUUUUUUGGCAUUUGUCAUUGACUGUAAAUGGAAAUAUACCACCAUUUCAAAUGUUUGUAACAUCCUGGUAGUCUGCUGGUCACUUGUUUUUA